UCAAUUAUUUUUUCAACGUUUUGCCAUCGAAGGCCAUAAACACGGGGUUUUGUGAGGAUUCGGAGGGCAGUUUCGGUCAGUUUGUUUUUUUAAUCAUCAGUGAGCCUGAAGACCGAAAGAAGAAAAACAGAGACCGGUGUUAGAGAAAGAAGUUCGGGAAGAUGAUAACGAACAAAAACAACUACAGCAAAUAACAAAGGGAUUACUGUCUGUCUAACCUUUUUAGUUGGUGGGUUUUUUUGGUUUCCGACCACUGACUCAAUAUACCCAGAAUUUCUCCAUCUUUGUCGUUCAUAUUCCUCAUCAGUACCCACCGAGCUCUGUCUCUCUAUCAUACCCAGAUCUUGUCUUCUUUUGAUCCAGCUGAAUUGCUGUUAAUUUGGGAAAAGGAAGAGGAGAAUAUUCUUGGCCCUUUUCUUUUAGCGGAAGAACUAAGAAGAGGACAGCUUCUGGGGGUGUGGAUUCAAUCUAGAAAGUUGUCGCUGAUCUUUGGGUUUGAAGAAUUUUAUGCAUCUGCUUUCCGAUUUAAGAAAAAGGUGUGAUCUUUUUGGGAAAUCUAUUUUCUUUUUGGAAGGUAAAUUCCUUUUCGGUUGAUUGGUUGAAACUAAAGAUUUUGUUUGAUCUCUGGCUUAAAAUGGGUUUCCGUUUAUGGGAUUGUCUUUAGAAUUUGGUUUGAAUUUUCCUUCUUGAUGAGAAUGGGAAACUCGUCCUUGAUUUGGAAAAACUGAACAACAAGCCGGGUUUCAGAUAAAGAGCAAAGAUGCUUCUAGGAAGCUAGCGUGGACUAAAAACCUCAGUCAAUGGGUUUUUGAAUGUGAAUUUUUUCCUUCUUAGAUGGAAAAGGAUUAAUUUCUCUGUGCUGAUGGACUGUAUUCUGCUUUGAAAGAGCUUUGGAGCAUAAAAGGCGGGUUUUGGGGCUCAAGAGGUGGUACAUCUGUUUCUUUAUCCUAAUCAUGAUCAAGCAGAUACUUGGUAGGCUGCCUCGCAAGCCAUCUAAGUCAGCUGAAAAUCGCGAGUCAGGCGGAACUGCUCCCACUCCUUCAAAUGCUUCUACAAAUUCAAGAAGCAGUGAACUAGUUAGCAAUCGUGCUGGGAACCCAAAUAGUACAUCUCUUCCACCCCCUAAUUCUGCUCCAUGUUCAGGAUUAAAUCAUGGAAAUAAGUUACCUCAAGUUCUGAAUUCAAAGUUAAAUGGGAAUUCAGCUACCUCUUCUUAUGAUGCAUUACCUGGUUUUAGGGAAGUCCCCAGCUCCGAGAAGCAGAACUUAUUUAUUAGAAAGCUGAACUUAUGUUGUGUCAUAUUUGACUUCACUGACCCGACAAAGAACUUGAAAGAAAAGGACAUAAAGCGACAGACAUUGCUAGAGCUUGUGGAUUAUGUUACUUCAGCAAAUGGAAAAUUCACGGAAAUUGUCAUGCAAGAAAUGACAAAAAUGGUAUCUGUGAAUUUGUUUAGGUCACUUACUUCUCCACCCCGUGAAAACAAGGUUUUAGAAGCCUUUGAUUUGGAAGAGGAAGAACCUUCAAUGGAUCCUGCAUGGCCUCACUUGCAAUUUAUAUAUGAGUUCCUCCUAAGGUUUGUUGCAUCACCUGAGACUGAUGCAAAGUUGGCUAAGAGAUACAUUGACCAUUCUUUUGUUCUCAGAUUGUUGGAUCUCUUUGACUCUGAAGAUCCCAGAGAAAGAGAGUACUUGAAGACUAUCCUACACCGCAUUUAUGGAAAAUUUAUGGUACAUCGUCCAUUCAUCAGGAAGGCGAUAAAUAACAUCUUCUACCGUUUCAUUUUUGAAACUGAGAAGCAUAAUGGGAUUGCUGAACUUCUUGAGAUUUUAGGCAGUAUAAUCAAUGGAUUUGCUGUUCCACUGAAAGAAGAACACAAACUAUUCCUCGUUCGUGCACUGAUUCCCCUUCACAAGCCAAAAUGCAUACCCAUGUACCAUCAGCAGCUAUCAUACUGCAUUGCACAAUUUGUAGAGAAAGACUGCAAGCUUGCUGAUACUGUUAUAAGGGGUUUAUUAAAGUAUUGGCCUAUUACAAAUAGUUCGAAAGAGGUAAUGUUUUUGGGUGAGCUGGAGGAAGUUUUGGAAGCAACUCAGCCUCCAGAAUUUCAACGCUGUAUGGUGCCUUUGUUCCGCCAGAUCUCUCGAUGCUUGAGCAGUUCACACUUUCAGGUGGCGGAGAGAGCUUUGUUCUUAUGGAAUAAUGAUCAUGUUGAGAACUUAAUCAAACAAAAUCGCAAAGUUAUACUGCCUAUCAUCUUCCCUGCCUUGGAGAAAAAUGCUAGAAACCACUGGAAUCAAGCAGUUCAGAGCUUGACACUAAAUGUCCGGAAAAUAUUCUCUGACCUUGAUCCUGAGCUAUUUGAUGAAUGCCUUCUCAAGUUUCAGGAAGAUGAAUCAAAAGAGAAAGAUAUUACAGCAAAGCGAGAAGCAACAUGGAAGCGUUUAGAAGAGAUUGCUGCAUCAAAAGCUGCAAGUAAUGAGGCCGUGCUUGUUGCCCAUGUAACACCCCCUCGCACAUCUUCGGGCUAGACAAAGAAAGAUAUCUUUUGGUAGUUCCAAUGGUCUCAAUUUUCAAUUGGGUGUUGAGUCAUGAAAUGGGUAAACAUGCUUCAGGAGGUGGAAAUCUGUUCUUUAUUCUUUUAGUAGCUCACGCCCUGUUACUUCCAAUUGUUUUGGGUUGUCAGGUUCCAUAGAACCAAGAACUCCACUGUACAGGAACAUACUGGCCCCGACUUGUGUUUUGUAUUCAGGGACUGUAUAUAUGGGAACAAAGCAAACAAGUUUUACAGGCAAUUGCUCUUCAUUCAAAGGAAGAGAGUGGGCUGGUAAUUGUGUCCUUUCUGUAGUUGAUUCUGGAGGGUGAUAGAGGGCUUCAGGUCAUAGGUAUCCAUUUACCUAGCAUUCUAUACUUGACUUCAAUUGUUUCCUGAGUGUUAAUGAAAUACUUAGUCUUUUGUUUAUUUA